GAGACGCAUCAUUUCAUGUUAUAGUGAGUUUUUAUAGAACAGAGAUGUUUCAGUGUUCUUCUGAGCAGGAUGAGAUGGUUGUAGUUCUCUAUGAGAUUGCAGAUGAUGUUGAAGGUCACGACCCCGACACUGAAGACACUGAAGCAGUGAAACGACCAGAAACACAACACACAGGAGGCGACACUGCAUGGAGCAGGUGUUACAGACUGACUGUAGUGUGUGUGGUGCUGCUGUGUGUUCUCCUGCUGACUGCCGUCACACUGCUGUGGAUCAAAUACAACAUUCUGUAUACAGAGAGAGACCAGUUACAGACCCAGUACAACAACCUGACUAUAGAGAAAAAACUGUUACUAAGGACAUUUUUUGUUUCGUAUAAAUGGACAAGUUUUAGCUCCAGUAUUUACUUCAUGUCUACUGAGAAGAAGAAGAACUGGACUGAGAGCAGACAGGACUGCAGGGACAAAGGAGCAGACCUGCUGAUCAUAAACAGCACAGAGGAACAGGAGUUCAUCAGUAAACAGCUAAACAGCUCUGUGUAUUGGAUUGGUCUGAGUGACAGAGAUACAGAGGGAGAGUGGAAAUGGGUGGACGGUACAACACUGACCACUGAGUUCUGGGGUUCAGGGGAACCGAGUAAUUCAAGUGGAGGUAAAGAUGAGGACUGUGUUGAAAUUUAUUUUUAUUCAAAUAGGUACAUCUGGAAUGACAAUAAAUGCUCUGAGUCACUACACUGGAUCUGUGAGACACGUCUUUCUCAGUGACAUUUAUUAUGUUAUAAUAAAGUGUUUAGAUACACAUUUAGAAUACAUACAGUAUAAAAGACAGUAUG